AAAGUUGUGGGAUCGUAGAAACAAUCUCUAGAACCCGCGAUACAACCAAAAGAGUCAAACGACAAGGAAUUCUGUUCCUCUAACAUUAACAUUGACAAUGGAAUUUAUCUCCGCUACUGACAGAGUUAACGCUGCAUUUGCCACACUGCAGACUGAGUUGAGGGAAAUCAGAACACAAGAUAUCAGUCUGAUGAAGCAGUUAUUGAGCAUCAAUGACUCCAUCCAGAGACUGUCCAAAAAGAAGAGCGACAAGUCUCGUGCAAGAAGGAUGACACGUAAAAUUUCCCGCAAACCCACCCUGGCGGAAAUCGAGGACGAAGACCAGACGUUCAGCAGGAAGGACGAGAUCACACUCCUGACCAACAUCAAACUGUGGAAAUACUCCCAGUCCGACGAAUCAAGCUCGGGAUCGGAAUCCGAGGUCUUGUCCGAAUAAACAGAUCCUUCUGCCCGAUCAACAAUUACCUCAACCGACGAAGGUUGUGUUUUUCUACUCAAACAGAUGCAAAAGAACACCUUUUCUCGACAAGUCAGUUUGGAGGAAUUCACGCCGGAUUAAGAGAAUCGUCUUCAUCGGACUCGUGUCUGUCAUAUAUUCGUUUCUUGUGUCUGAGUUUUCUCUCAUUGCCUUUCAUUGAUGAAAGUUGGGUUUCGUAAUGAAGGCGAAUGACAGAAGGCCAGCGCUGGUUCACAGCAGUUAAUUCUCAGUUGUGAAGAGUACUUUACAUGUGUUUGUGUGUCCGUCAAAGUAUUUUUGUUUGUUUCAUGUCUAUUUCUACCAUAGUAAAGUCUUUUUUCUUUGCUAGUUGUAACGUAAGAUACGUGUAAUAUACAACGAAGUCUGCCAGUGACGGAUCGAUGCAAUAUUUAUUUAUUGUGCAAUUUUGUUCUGGGAAGGGGUGGGGAAGGAGGGGUAGGAAACUGGGUUGGUUAUACAAUAUAGUGGGUUUUAAAUUUCUAUGGUUAAAAAAAGAAACAAACUAAAAGAAAAAUAUUUUCGAUAGCUGUUCAACUGUUUUCUGACGUAUACCCGUUCGGCUCUUUUUUGCGUAAUCUGUCUUUAAAAACAAAUUUUGACUUGUGAAUAUUUAAAGUAUUUUUAACAAUCUCUUAAAGCCUUUUUGGAAAUUAAAACAAAAAUCAUUUUUUUUUAGGCAAAGAAAAGGCUACAGUUAAAUUUUAAAAAGUUCAUGCAACAUCUUUAAAACUAAACUUUUGAUGGAAAAUAUUAUCUUUUUAUUUAAAAUACAUGGUUGUAUUUAUUUGGUUCUAUAAAUGAAAGGUUUAUAAUUUUUAAAAAGAAUUAUUCAAAUUAUGUCUACAAUCUUAACAUGAUUUUCUCGUUCGAGGCCUAUUUCGUAAUUACGAUUUUCUUCGAAUAUAGUAAAAUACAAUUUUACUUUCAUAUUUCUGAAGUAAGGGUUGGGCGGUAAGGGAACGGGGGUGGUUUAAUCUAAUGUUUAAUUAAAAAAAAAUAACUAUACAAAACUGUUUUGAUACGGAAGGGGGCGUAAGAUUUUGAUAUCAGCCUUUAUGUACAAUGUUAACAUGUACGUAUACACUUUUAAAAUUUUCUCUAGUUAUUUUCUCCUCUAAAAUUCUUUAUAUUUCUUGCUUAUUUUUACCUUUUGGCGAUAUCUAUUGUCUGAUUAUGAAAAUUCAUUUUCCAUGAAUAUGUUUAUAAUAAUGAUGAAAUUGGAUUUUUAAAAAUAAAAAUUUUUCAAAUUUCUUG